GAGAUCUUGUUUGCUCAUGCGCAGUGAGUCUCACGUGCUGUUCGGUGCAUAAACCCGCUGCCUGUGCUUGGCACGGGAACAUCCAUUUCUUGGUCGAAUUGAGAGAGAGGUAUGGUUAUGUUAGUGACUGGAUUGGGGCGCUGAGGGAAAAGCCAGAGUAGUCAUGCAGAACCCUGUUGAGGGCUUAGAUGGGAGAGCAGGGCUUGAAGAAGGUGAGGAUAGCCAACUGAGGCCUCAAGCUCCGGAUGCCCAGGCUAGCUCUCAAAAUUCGGCAACUGAAGGUGACCAUGGCAACGUCCCUCAGAGUUGCCCACAAGAUUCUGGGAGACCAGCUGCUCCUGGGACCCUGGCUACUCCUGGAAGUCAGGCUGCUCCAGGCAGCCCCAGCCCAGGGAGCACUGUAGGGUCUGGAGCAGCAGCUGAAGAGGCAGCUGUCAUUCCUCACAGUGAGCAGGCGACACUUGUCCCUGGGCCCAGCGGUGAUGCUGCAUCAACUGGAAAUCGAAGCCUGGAGUUCUCUGUAACAGUGCCUUUCAGGACUGCAGUGGAGGCAGACAUGGCCCGCAGAUCCCUGGUCGCCAAUGCCCAUCCCCAGCAAGUGAUGGUUCAGCAGGAGUUCACAGCGAAUGACAUGAUGAGAAACAUUCAGCGCCUGGAGUUUGUGGCUGUUGUCAAACGAGGACGAGGAAGAAGUCGUGAAUCCUAACAUGUUACCAGAUACAAGAAAACUCAGAGCGUUUCCUGUUUUGAGUAGUUGUUAUUUUGAAUUUAAACUUCAGCGCUUCAAUGCUGUAUGUUCCAUAUCAGUCAGUAUCUUUCAGUUACUGAAGGAACAGGUGUUUAAAUGUUACUGAACAAAAUAAAAAAUAGCAAAUA